CUUGUAAACACGUCACUAAUUCAUUAAUGAGUUAAGUUCUCGCGCCCCUCUAGUGGGUGAACGUGGAAGAUAGCUACAUGCUCCGGCAAUCAUAUCUGAGUGGUCAAAAAAAUAUAUUAAAUAUCGUAUUUUUUAACUAAUAUGUCAACACAAUUUAUUCAGGGACUAACCGUGUGGAAAAAGCUGCAAACUGCGAAUUAUGUCGCGUGACGUUUCCCCUCCAUCUUUUUAGGAGGUUGUCAGUUUCGUAGGCAAAGGAGUUGGCGCACGCGCGGCACUGACAGAGGCUCUCUACCUGCUCCGCAGUGUGUGUAAUAAUGGCCUGGAAAUCAGGAGGAGCCAGCCACGCAGAGCUUGUAAACAACCUUCGCAAAAAUGGGAUCAUCAAGUCAGACAAGGUCUAUGAAGUCAUGUUGGCCACAGACCGAGGCCAUUUCUCCAGAAGCAACCCCUACAUGGACUCCCCACAGUCAAUAGGCUAUCAAGCAACCAUCAGUGCGCCACACAUGCACGCCUAUGCGUUGGAGCUACUGCAUGAUCAGCUGUAUGAUGGGGCCAAAGCUCUGGAUGUUGGGUCUGGCAGUGGAAUCCUAUCUGCAUGCUUUGCACGAAUGGUAGGUCCCAAAGGCAAGGUGAUAGGAAUUGACCACAUCAAGGAACUGGUAGAUGAUUCUAUUAACAAUGUAAAGAAAGAUGACCCCAGCUUGAUAACAUCUGGUCGAGUCAAACUAAUAGUGGGAGACGGGCGGAUGGGCCAUCCAGAGGAGGCGCCUUAUGAUGCCAUCCACGUGGGCGCGGCAGCACCCAAUGUGCCACAAGCACUCCUGGACCAGCUGAAGCCAGGCGGCAGGCUGAUUCUGCCUGUGGGGCCGGCUGGAGGGAACCAGAUGCUGGAGCAGUACGACAAGCUGGAGGACGGCAGCACCAAGAUGAAGCCCCUGAUGGGGGUGAUUUACGUGCCUUUAACAGACAAAGAGAAGCAGUGGUCCAGGUGGAAGUGACUUCCUACUCUCUCUCCUUCACACAGUGGGCAACAGUGAAAUGGGAUGAACUUUGAGGUGACAGACUGUCCAUAUUGCACAUUUCAAUGUGAACCUGGAGGAGACUACUUUGGGUUCCAACAACAGCCAUUGGAUUUCUUUGAAAACAACAAACCAUGGUGAUUUAGUUUUUUCUCCUUUAACUCUACCUAGAGUAUCAUGCUGAGGAAUAACCCCUGAGGUCGGAAUAACGACUGCUGGAGAAUGAACAGAAGAAUGUGUCGGGGAUUGUUUAAAAUAUAUAUAUUGGCCUGCAUUUUUUUGGUUGUGAAUUUUCCUUUUGAUUUGCUGCAAGAUUGAGUUUUUGUGGUUACAUCUUGAUUUGCAAAUCAACCAUUUCAGCUCCAAACAAAGCUGAGUGUAAAAACUGUUCUGAUGAGGAAAGCCUGAGUUGAAGAGAUUAUUCAGCCACUUACUUUAGAGUGCAUCUGAAGAUCUGAAGUGAAUGGGCAAUGAUGUAUUGGGUUAUUUAGGUGUCACUUAUUGUAAGUAAGAAUAGAAGAUGUUUCUUAACAAUUCUACAUUCAUGUGGAUGUUAUGGGUGAUCUUGAACAAAUUGUGAAUAGUGAUGAGUGAGAAGGUUACAGGAACAAAGACCCCCCUAAAUUAUAACCUCUGUUAUUGGUAAUGGUGAGAGAUUCACAUGUUUUGUUGCAGCCUUUGUAACCUUCUCACUCAUUCAUGAUUCAUUCAUGAUUUUUCUUAAUCAUGGUAUUAUCAGGAUUAAUUUAGAAGGGUUCAGAAACAUCUUCAUUACUCACUUUGAAAGAAAAUUACAUUCUUCAUUCAGUUCUAUUGGUCAAAACAUAACCAAAACAACCUGCAAAUGCAUCACAGGUUUGUAUAGUCACAAGCUUGAUGUAGUCAAGCGUUAAGAAUUAUACUCAACUUUUGACUACUUUAAUACACUAUAAGCCCAUUUGUCCAAAUACUUAUGACUUCUUCAAAUGGGGGACAAGAUACAUAGUGCUUUCCUUUCUAAACUAGUAAAACAAAUAUGAAAACACCCUAAAAUAAACAGUGACAUUCUAUAAUGUUGCCUCAUAUGAAACAUUUGAUCUCAAAUCCAAAAUGCUGAAGUACAGAGCCACAUUUAAAAUGUUAGUUUCACUGUCCAAAUACAUAUGGGAGUGAGUGUGUAUAUACACAUGUGAACACGUGCACACAUUCAGGGUUGUGAUUUCCCCCAUGAUUUAUUGAGUGCUGCCUCUGGUGUCCAUGACCAGACUGCAAGCUUUACUGAUUACCGACACUAAACAAAGCAGAGCCAUACAUACAUAUAUAUUAUAUAUAUAUAUAUAUUAUAUAUAUAUAUAUGUGUGUGAGUGUGAAACAAGGUAGCCGGUGCGUUGGCAAAAUACAUUUUAAUGCAAAGUGAUUGAAUGUCUGUUUAAAAAUAUUGGAUGAGCUAUGGCUUUCACAAUUUCUGGAAUGGCAAAAAUGAAAAUAAAAAUAUGCUUAAGUUUU